CGCCCGCAGGUUGAUCUUCACCAGCCCAGACUCGCAACUCCCAACACCUCCCACUUCCGUCACACAACCAUUCCAUCAAAAUGGCCCAUCUACCUCUUCUAGAUUUAGUUCUCCUCUCAUUUCCCCCGCUUUCUAAUAUCGCGACAAGCCUAGGGUCGAGUUUGCCGCAUCGGGAGCUGCGAAAGCUGGGCGCCUACCUGUGUACCUUUGCGCUCGAAACACAGGAGCUCAGUUCCUCGCAAAGGCGAGGAUUGGAAUGGACCCGGGACUUUCAAGACCUGUUGGAGAAGAUUGAAGAGCUGAUAUCUGACCCCAAAGUCCCCACAUUCGCAGAUUCGGUCGGAAACCAUCCCACACUCCAAGCGAUUGCACUGACUCAGCAUGCGUCCAAAGAACAUAUCACAGUUGCCAUCUCACUACCGACUCGGCUGGAGGACCGAAUCCGCUGCAGGCUAACGACUCUAGCUCGUACAGGCUGGAAUUUCGGAUGGGCUGUGCGGAGAAUGCAAGCCCUCUCGGCCAUACCAGAGUACGUCUCAGCAGACAUCUUACAAAGGUGGGCGAUCACGGAAAAGGCGACAGAGUAUCCACAGGAGAUACAGACACUUUAUAAUGUUCUUAGCAGCCAUUGCGCCUGCAGUUGUGCUGUACCAUCCGCUUCCAAGGGUCACUGGGCGAAGCUUCGAUUGACGCAAAACCUACCGCUUUCCCACGAAGGCCACGUCCAAUUCGAGAUGAUUUUCUCCUCUUCCCCGGAUCCCAUAUUGGGUGCUUCUUAUUACUGGCAGGAAUUCGAGAUAGGGGUACCCAGCUUGCCGACAGAGAAGACGAAGGGCGAAGAAAGGAUCUCGGAACAGAACAGUGAAGUUAUGUCCAAUUGUCUUGUCAAAGAUGGGACGUUUUGCGACCUUAUCCGCUGCGGACAUGGCGCACGUGUGCCUCUUAUAAUAUACCGCGGCCAACUCCACGUUAUCACGGAUCACCCCUUGGUAGAGAAUCGUAUCAGACCUCUUGCCGGCAUUCCAAUGGUACGGGCAGUCGAGAUAUUUGCAAUGCCGUAUGGGAUGCGGCCGGUGCUCGCCUACACUUUGGCAAGGUCUGUUUGGCAGUACUAUGGCUCAGACUGGAUGAAGUGUGCUUGGACAAGUCAUACAGUUUGCUUCAUGGACGAGUCAAAUGAUGAUCAGACUGUUUCUUACUUCUGUAAGCCAUUCCAAGGUGUCGAAUUCAAUGACGAUGGAAAAGAGGCAGCGGAAUAUCGCCCAGUCUUUGGCAUGAUGCACCGAUACCCUAGGGUCCUGGCUCUGGGGAUAAUGCUGACAGAGAUCGCGACCGGGAGAUCUAUUCUGCAACAAGACAUAGAUAUCCAUGAACUCGAUGCGAAGACCGCAAACCAGCAACUAAAGACUCUAAAGGAUUUAUUGAAGGCAGGGCAUUUCGCAGACGACUGUAAGCUGCCGCGGUACAGAGAAAUUACCAGCAAAUGCCUGGAUCCCGGCUUCUUUAGAAACGCCCCAGCAUGCCCAACGAAUCCGAAUGAGAAUCUCCAAGCUCGUCGUCGCAUAAUAUAUGAGGAGAUUGUCUAUCCUCUCAAAAGUCUGAUUGAGGGAGCCGGCUGGGAUGUAGAGUUCGACAAAUCUCAGGAUAUUCCACUUGCUCCGAAGGACCACAAUGCGUCGAGUAUCCUCUCCCCGAUUAUCGCCAGGAAGAGUAGGACAUCAAGCGAGCUGAGUACAUACAAUGAAGUACGCAAAGCAAGCUCUAUCCCAAUCGGCUCGCCUAUCUAUAACACGAACAAUGGGGAGCUGCAAGGCCGUUGCGUGGGAAAGAGUUGUGACGAUUACCAUGUCGGUUGGAUUUGUGCCUUACAGAUCGAAUACGUCGCUGCAAUCGAGCUCUUGGAUGAUCACCUCAAAGGACCGUCGGACAUACCCUCAGCGGAUGAUAACAUUUACAGAUUCGGUCGCAUGGGUCAUCACAAUAUCGUCAUCGCGUGCAUGCCAAAAGGCAAAUACGGUACGACAUCUGCCACAUCCGCCGCGAAAGACAUGAUGCGCAGUUUCACCAAAGUCCAGCUGGUUUUGAUGGUUGGCAUUGGUGGCGGUGCUCCCAGCCGUAAGCAUGAUAUACGGUUAGGGGACGUGGUUGUUGGGGUGCCUGCAAACCAGCAUGGAGGCGUGGUUCAUUACGAGUUCGGCAAGUCGACCCAGAAUCACGGAUUCCAGCGCACAGGGCACCUUAACUCGCCACCAACAAGCGUUCUUAACGCUUUACAGGACCUCGAAGCAAUACAUCGAACUGGCCAUCGCCCGAUCGCUUUGGCAAUUCCACAAAUGAUUCGGGACAAUCCUAGGCUAAACAGUUACGCGCGUCCUGAUCCACAGACGGAUGUCCUCUUCGACUCCUCAUUUAUUCACCCCGAUGACGCCCGGGAUUGCAUGGAAUCUUGCAUCAGCCAGACGAAGAAUGUUGUCCAGCGAGUCGAUCGUGACAAAGAAGCGGAUAGCCCAGUCGUUCAUUACGGUCUCAUCGCAUCUGCGGAUAGAUUGAUGAAGCAUGCCUACAUUCGAGAUUUCUUAGCCGAGUCAGUGGGAGUAAUGUGUUUCGAAAUGGAGGCAGCAGGUUUGAUGGACCGGUUUCCAUGCCUUGUGAUUCGUGGGAUCUGUGAUUACUCUGACACCCAUAAGAACGACCGGUGGCAGGGGUAUGCGGCGGCUACAGCGGCGGCUUAUGCGAAGGAGCUUCUUGGAGUAAUUCGAGCUUACUAGGCUACGUCUUUGAUGAGUACAUGAUUAUUGACGCAAUCCCACAUUCCGAGCGGCCAACCGUCGCCAUGGCACAGCUCCGCUAAUCGAACAGAUGCUGGUUGUAGAGACAAUAACCCUUCAAAUCCUUUACCUACACCAUGACUAUUUGCAUUUACGGCCGUGAUCGAUGAGCAGCUCAUUAUAUAGUGAUAGACCAGAUCAUAAGCUAUAGGUAUUACCAUUCGUGAUUAAGCGAUUUCCUGAAUCCUUGCACAAAUCCAUAAAGAGACGCCAAGACCAGCCACCAGGCCGUUAACUUCUUGUCUGAGCUUCUUCCCUGCGCAGCAGCGCCCUCCCAUUUAUCAGCUUGCUCCUGGGUCAUGUCGCCCUGCUUCACGGCCUCCUGUGCGUUCUUGUUAGCAAUGUACCCAUAACAUAUUUGUUUGGACGUGGAAAAGAAGUAUCACGUGGCAGUGAGCUCAGUUCCACGGACAGCACUCACCUGUGCGGCUUUGGCACCAUCUUCCCAGGCCUUCUGCUCUUCUUCUUUGGUGAGCUCGGGCAUGUUUCUUGUUGUGCGGAUUGUUGUGUGGAGGAGGAUGAGGAAAGGAUGGAAGUUUGCAAGAGGGUUUGAAGUGAAUGUCUUGUGGGAUAUUGUUCUAAGGAACUUGCUAGAUCUGAGUUUCCCAAGCCGGGGUCAAGGAAGUGUGGAC